AUGUCUUCCAACGAGAACAACGAGAAUCCUAACGCUACCAUCUCAGCUAGCUUCAUCGGUGGCAUCGGCAAUGCUCUGGGCAAGACAGUGGGCGGGGUGACCGACACUGUGGGAAAUACCGUGGGCGGCCUGGGCAACACUGCCGGCUCUGCAGUCCAGGGAAUCGGCCAGACAGUAAGCGGUGCUACUGAAGGUCUCGGCAAUGCGACCAAGGGCGCUGGCCAGUUUGUGAACAACGCCGCUGGCGGGUCCAGCCAGAAGAAGACGGACGAGGGAUCCUCUGGGCAGGCCUAG